AUGAGCGGCGGGGAGCGGCCGGGACGGCGGCAGAGCUCGGGCCGCAGCCCGGCCAUGAGCGGCACCCCCGGGGCAGCCCCCCAGCCCCGGGCCGGCCCCUCCCGGCCCCGCGCCUCCUUCCUCAUCCAGGACAUCCUCUGGGACGAGCCCGAGCGCGCCGGGAGCGGCGGGGAUGCGGGGCUGGGGGCGGGCAGCGAGGAGAGCAGCGGGGCCAGCCCAGCCCCGGGACUGCCCCCCGGGGGAACCGAUCCCCCGGGAGCCGCGGGGACAGCCCGGGGACCCGACACAGAGGCGCCGGUGGAGCCGUUGCUGCCCGACUGCGGCCGCGCCGUGCACCCCAUGGCCCCGCGGCCUCCCAGGCAGGGCAAACGCUCCCGAGCCGCCUUUUCCCACAGCCAGGUGAUCGAACUGGAGCGGAAAUUCAGCCACCAGAAAUACCUGUCGGCCCCCGAGAGAGCUCACCUGGCGCGGCACCUGCAGCUCACCGAGACCCAGGUGAAGAUCUGGUUCCAGAACAGGAGGUACAAGACCAAGAGGAAACAGGUUGUGGCCGGGAUGAGCCGCUUGGACUCGCGCCAGGAAGCGCCAGAAUUCCCGGGAAUGUCGCUGCUGGCGCUCCGGGGCGCCUGGCCCUACCUGCCCUGCCUCUACUACAUCUAUUCCUGGAGCCCCUCCUGGUAGAAAUGGCUUUUUUUAGGUGGUUUUUCAUAAAUCCAGAAGGGAGGCGUUUCCUUAAAUCCAGUGGCAGCGUUUCGUAGUGGCGGCAUGAAAUUAUCUCAUCACUAACACUGAAAUAACUGAAAAAGAGCUCAAAUCUUUAAUUGCAGUGCUCUGGGAAUUGCCAGGGAAUCCGUGGCUGCCCCAUCCCUGGAAGUGCCCAAAUCCAGGCUGGAGCUGGGGGCACCUGGCCCUACCUGCUCUGCCUCUACUACAUCUAUUCCUGGAGCCACUUCUGGUAGAAAUGGCUUUUUUAGGUGGAAAAGUUCUGGUUUUUCCUUAAAUCCAGAAGGGAGGAAUGAUUUUAGGUGGUUUUUCCAUAAAUCCAGAGGGGAGGGAUUGCAAAGCAGCGUUUCAUAGUGGCGGCGUGAAAUUGUCUCAUCACUAACACUGAAAUAACUGAAAAGAGCCCAAAACUUUCAUUGCAGUGCUCUGGGAAUUCCCAGGGCAGAUCAUCCCUGGAAGUGCCCAAAUCCAGGCUGGAGCUGAGGGCACCUGGCCUUACCUGCCCUGGGGAGUUCCUGGAGCCCCUCUUGGUAGAAACUGCUUUUUUUGGAGGAAAAUAUUGGUCUUUCCCAAAGUUUGGUUUAACUCUGUGUUGCACUUCCUAGAGCAGAUUGGGGUGGGAUUUCAGUGGCAGCACAAAUCCCUGUGGCCACUAACACUGAAAUAACCAAAACCAGCCCAAAUUUUAAAUAACAAUUAAUUCAGUGUUUGAUUGCAAUGCUCUGGAUUGCCAGGGAAUCCAUGGAUGUCCCACCUGGCCUCACCUGCCCUGGGGAAUUCCUGGAGUCCCUCCUGGUUUCUUGGGAGGAAAAUAUCCAUUUUUUCCUUCAGUUCGGAGCAGAGGCAUUGGCAGUAGUGGCAGCUCAAAGUUCGCUCCUCAUUAACACUGAAAUAACCAAAGAAACAGUCCAAAUUUUUAAUAACGAUUAAUUCAGUGUUUGAUUGCAAUGCUCUGGGAAUUGCCAGGGAAUCGUGGCUGCCCCAUCCCUGGAAGUUCCCAAAGCUGGCUUGGAUGUGGCUUAGAGCCCCUCCGGGUAGAAACUGCAUUUUUAGGUGGAAAAUAUCUUUUUUUCCUUAAGUUUGGUGUGGUUUAACUCUGUGUCGCUCUUCCUAGAGCAGAUUGGGGUGGGAUUUCAGUGGCAGCACAAAUCCCUGUGGCCACUAACACUGAAAUAACCAAAGAGAAACCAACCCAAAAUUUAAAUAUCACUUUAUUCAUUUUUUUAUUGCAACGUUCUGGGGAUUGCCAGGGAAUCCGUGGCUGUGCCCAGAAGCUGGCUUGGAU